AUGGAGAAGAUGGAUAGCAAACAGCAGCACGUUGAAGCUGCAAACGCUAGUCAAGUGAUAGAGUCUGGAAUGCAACACGAUUUCUACGUCGAAGAUCGAGUCGCUCAUCUCUCUGAGGAACAUCGCCAGUAUAUUCUUGCGAAGCAUGGAACACUGGAUUUAGAUCCUAUCCCUGACAUGACCGAUGCCGAUCCGUACAAUUGGCCACAAUGGAGGAAAAACUUGAACUUAGCCCUCGUCGCCUUCCACGCCAUGAUGGCCACAUUCACUGCCUCGUCAAUCCAAUCUGCAUUCGAAAAUAUAUCCGAAGACUUCGAAAUCAGUAUGCAGCGAACCAGCUACCUCGUCUCUCUCGUCAUCGCCGUGCUAGGUGGAGCGCCUCUUUUCUGGCGCCCGCUGUGUAAUCGCUAUGGUCGCCGCCCCAUCUUUCUGAUCUCGUUGACCUGCAGUUUGAUUGGAAAUAUUGGCUGUGCAAACAGUCAUUCCUAUGCAACAAUGGGUCUCUGCCGUGCCAUUACUGCCUUCUUUAUCAGCCCUGCAGCUGCUAUCGGUAGCGCUGUUGUCGCAGAGACUUUCUUCCGGAAAGAUCGUGCUCGCUGCAUGGGUGCAUGGACGCUAAUGGUUACUCUGGGAGUCCCUGCUGCUCCGUUUAUCUUUGGAUUUGUCGCUUUGCGUGUGGGUUAUCGCUGGAUUUAUUAUACCCUUGCAAUUGUCAACGGAAUCCAACUGAUCAUCUACUUCGUUUUCGGAUACGAAUCCCUCUACAUUCGCAGCAAUGCCCCCUCCAACGUCGCCGCCCCUGAGAGAAGUCUCUUCAAAUUCAGCCGUAUCGAUCCUACACCACUGAAACUUUGGGACUUCAUCCAGCCCCUCAGCUACGUGAUGAAACCAUGCGUGGUCAUCCCGGCCGCCGCUUACGCAAUGAUCUUCCUUUGGGGCAGUAUCACGCUCACAAUCGAGAUCUCCCAGAUCUACCCGCCCGAGUUUGGCCUGAACACGCAGCAGGUCGGUCUGCAAUUCCUUGCUGUUAUCGUCGGAUCUGUCAUCGGUGAACAGAUUGGCGGGCUUAUCUCUGAUCGCUGGAUGCUUAUGCGUCAGAAGCGGACUGGAGAACCAGCUCCGUACGAACACCGUCUUUGGUUGAGUUAUAUUGGCCAUGCUUUGACGAUCUGUGGUCUUGUGGUUUUCUGUAUCCAGAUCCGGGAUUCUGGCGGUGUAUGGAAUAUCACUCCUCUUAUCGGCGCUGCUAUUGCCGCUGGCGGUAAUCAGAUCGUUACCACAAUUGACAUUACUUAUGCGGUUGAUUGUUACCGUGAGGAUGCUGCCAGCGUGGGUGUUUUUAUCACCUUUGUUCGGCAGAUUUGGGGAUUCAUUGGUCCUUUCUGGUUCCCUCAGAUGUUCGAGGUUGUUGGCUGGGCUGGAGGUGCUGGCAUUGCCAUUGCUCUCAUAGUUUGUGUCAGCAUUAUUCCGACUAUCUUGGUGCAGUGGAAAGGAGCUACCUGGCGUUGA